AUGGUCACUGGGCUUGGCUCUGGUGCUGCUAGUUUCCACAAAGAUGUCUACAAAGCUGCUAAGGCUCAUUUGGCUGAUCGGGUGAUGCCAGUACGUGCUGCCGCGUUACAGUGUGUGACGGCACUGGUACCAGUCUAUCCUCCACUUUACUCGACAGAGCUUGAAGCAGUGGUCACUUUAUGUACAAAAGCGUUGGAUGGAUCCAACUAUGAAACACGACUUGCGGCAGCGCGGCUACUAGCUGUGCUAAUAGCCACAGCACUUCAACCUCCACCACCAAUGUCCGUGGGAAAAACAACCACGAACACGCGAACAGUACCGAUUCGACCGAUACCGUUGGACGAUGCGUUGCAUUUGCUGGCUGCUAGCUUUCUUCGAGGCGGUAUUGGAGGAUUUCUAAAAGGUAGCUCCAGCUACAGCUCAGCUACAGCAGGAGGUCAAAAAGAUGUUCGAGCUGGAAUUGCAAUGGGCUAUGUCGAGCUCAUGCGAGAGAUGGGAGCAAUCUGGUUGGAGCGAAAUCUCGCAGCAAUUUGUCGCCAUCUAUUGGAAGUUGCGGCGAAAUGUGGCACUCUUGGCAUACACAAAGUAAGUGUACAAUCCAAACUUCAGCUAUUGUGGUUGUCUAAGCCAUUAAAUGGCUCUAAAUGCUACGAUUACUAA